AUGGCCAUCGCAGAGACGCUCAAGAUCGCGUCGCCCUCGGGCAAGACGCUGUCGGUGCCUACGGGUCUUUUGAUCGACAACCAAUUCGUGCCUGCCAUCGAUGGCGGCGAGCUGGAGACGAUCAACCCUGCCACGGGCAAGUCGCUUGGCAGUGUCUCUGCCGCCUCGGAGAAAGACGUGGACCGCGCGGUCGCCGCGGCACGCAAGGCGUUCAACACCACCUGGGGUCGCAACAGCUCGCCCGGCCAGCGCGCCGCGGUGCUCUUCAAGCUGGCCGAGCUGCUGGAGCAGCAUGCGGAGGAGCUGAGUGAGCUCGAGUCGCUGGACAACGGCAAGCCUCGGUGGAUCGCCGAAACGAUGGACAUUGCCGACACUGCCGGAUGCUUCCGCUACUACGCCGGACUGGCGGACAAGAUCGAGGGCAAGACGAUCGAGCAGAAGGAAGGCGAGAAGCUGGCUUUCACGCGGCUCGAGCCGCUCGGUGUGUGUGGUCAGAUCAUCCCGUGGAACUACCCCAUCGGUAUGCUUGGCUGGAAGGUAGCCCCCGCUCUGGCGGCGGGUAACUGCAUCGUGCUCAAGCCCGCCGAACAGACCCCGCUCUCUGCGCUGCGUAUCGCCCAACUCGCCGUCGAGGCAGGUCUACCCGCCGGUGUGCUCAACGUCGUGAACGGUCUGGGCCCUAUUGUGGGCGAUGCCAUCACGGGCCAUAUGGAUGUGGACAAGGUCGCCUUUACCGGCUCCACCGCCAUUGGAAAGCGUGUUAUGGAACGCGCCGCGCGCAGCAACCUGAAAAAGGUCACCCUUGAACUCGGAGGCAAGUCGCCCGUGGUGGUGUUUGAAGAUGCCGACAUCGACCAAGCCGUCAACUGGGCCGCUCUCGGAAUCCUCUUUAACCAGGGCCAGGACUGCACCGCCGGCUCGCGUCUGUUUGUCCAGGAAAGCAUCUACGACACCUUUGUCCCCAAGCUCGUCGAGGCCUUCCGUCAGCACGCCAUCGGAGAUCCCUUCGACAACAAGACGUUCCAGGGUCCCCAGAUCACCGAGCGUCACCAGCAGCGUAUUCUCGACUACAUCGAGUCGGGUAAGCAGGAGGGCGCCAAGGUCGAGAUCGGUGGCGGGAAGUGGACUGAGGGCGCCGGCGAGUUCGCCAAUGGGUUCUACGUUCAGCCCACCAUCUUUUCGGGAUGCAAGAAGGGAAUGAAGAUCGUCGACGAGGAGAUCUUUGGCCCCGUGUUGGCAGUCGCCAAGUUCAAGACCGAGCAAGAGGCCAUCCAGCUCGCCAACGACACUUCGUACGGUCUCGGAGCGGGCGUCUUCUCCCAGAGCGCCUCCAGGUGCAUGCGAGUGUCGGGCGCUAUCCAGGCAGGCUCUGUGUGGAUCAAUCAGUACACAAUCGUGAGCAACGCUGUGCCAUUCGGCGGCUUCAAGGCAAGUGGUAUCGGAAGGGAGCUGGGUGUCGAUGCGAUCAAGGAGUACACGCAGGUCAAGUCGAUACACUGGAACUACGGCGAGUCGCUCGACUGGCCGCUCACGGGUUGA